AUGUCUUCCUUAACCUACCUCACCGUCCUCUCACUGCUAGCUCUGGCGGCCUCGCCGCCCUCGGGCGCCUCCGCCGACGUCGCGGCCCCAUCCCCACGCCGCGCUCCUCGCGGCCCGGCCAUCGCCGCGCAGUUCCUGUCCUUGAUCAACGCCGUGCGCGCCGACGCCGGGGUGCCGCCGCUGUCGUGGAACGCGACGGCGGCGCAGCGGGCCAAGCUGCACGCGAGCUGGCUCCGCGACUCGGCGGGGUGCGACCUGGACCAGAAGGAACGGGCCCCCGUACGCGUGGAGAUGGGGACGGCCAUGACCUGGUACCGUGGCUACGACGGCCGCCCGACGCCCGCCGACGCGGUGGCGUUGUGGCUGACCGAGCGGCCGUGGUACGACCGCGCCGCCGACACGUGCGCGGCCGGACAAGAGUGCGGGAACUACAGGCUGGUGGUGAAGCCCGAGUGGCGCCAGCUCGGGUGCGCCCUGGUGGCGUGCCCGUCCGGCGGCGCCGUGGCGGCGUGCGCGUACCGCAGGGGGCUGGGGACAAAGUGA